AUGCCCGUUGAGAGCAUGUCCCGCGAGUGCUUCCUCCAGGAGUACGAACUCGACCUGGACCAGGAAUUCGAGCUCAAAGGCAAACCAGCCGCAUGGGCACCAGGGCAUGGCGGGCCUCGUAUCUGGGGCUCGGAAGACGCCUCCAUCGCUUUGAGCAAAGACGACCCGGACAAGGGCAACGAUGACACCGCAACCAUAGCUCUGACCUGGGACGAGAGAUUUCUAGCCGUAGCGACCAACGCCGUGAUUCGAAUCUACGACGUCGAGACAAAACAGAAGCUGGCGGAGCUUAUCGGCCAUGCAUCGAAUGUGCGCGAGAUGUUCUUCUCAGCUAACGAGGCGGGAUCCUACUGCCUGACUGAUGACCAUCCCGCGCACGCUCGAAACGCCGAGUAUUUGUUGCUCUCAGAGGGCUCAGAAGUCGGAGGCCGAGACGGGCAGAUGGUCCUGUGGCAUAUCGAUGAUCAAGGCCGUCAGAUAGGUCGCCAGAUGCCGUUCGCCGUACAGACCAUGGCGGACACUGCGAUCGAGGCCAUCAUGCCAGAGCUAGCUGACCAUCACGGCCUUGUAGGCAGCGACAUCGAGCCCGUCCGCGGCGGCUUCGUCGAGAAGCUGAAAGAAGCCGACACCGCCAACCGCGUCAAAGAUCUCUCAGUCUGGGAAGGCCACUUCCCCUCCUUCGGCACCGAACCCAUCAGCCACGACGGCAAGAGCUUCUUCUACAUCGCCCACGGCGACAGCACACAAAGCGGUAUGCGCCCAGCUGAUGAACUGCCCCAGCUCGUCGUUGUGGACAUGGUGACCAAAACCGAGCGCUUUCGCCUCAAAGGCCACACGGACGCCAUAAUGUGGGCAGGCUGGUCCCCCGACGACACAGUCAUCGCCACCGCAUCUUGGGACGAACACUACCGGAUCUGGGACGCCAAAACCGGCGCCUGCAACCACACCAUCGGCCCGACAGACGGCCAGAACUGGUCCGGCCGCUUCUCGCCCGACGGGAAAUACGUCUGCCUAAGCGGCGGCCACCCAACAAAAGUCGCCAUCUACAACUGCGCCACCGGCGAAGACGUCGCCAAACUCAUGAAACCCGGUCUCGAGCUCAAAGACUGGGUGCGCAGUAUGGUCUGGAACCCGAAUAGUCGCGAAGUUGCUGUUCUAAGCGAUAAACGCGUGAUACUCUGGAAACCGUUCGAAGGCGACGUGCAGGUCGUUUUUCGACUGGAGACGGGCGACUCGAUGCUCACGCGCUUCAACGACUUGCAUGAGGUGAGGUGGGUUGAUAGUGGGGAGAAGCUGAUUGUGCAGGAUAGCGAGGCGACGACUUUUGUCUGGGAUAAAGAGAAGCAUGUGAAAUGGCGGUUUCAGCGGCCGAAGGCGACGGAGUUGAAGGGUGGGAUUGAUGUCGUGUUUGCCGCUCUUUCACAGACGGUGAUUACGCUGGACGGGGAUGGGAUGGUGAGGUUCUGGAAGGUGUAG